AUGUCUACAAUUUCUGAAACUGAAAAACGUCUCAAGGAAAAGCUGAAGGAUAAAACCGUUGAGCUUGAAAAGCAUGUGAAUAUGAAACAAAAGCUGGAACUGGAGAUUCAACAACUAAAUGCAUCACUAGGUCGAUUGAAGGACUUUGAAAAUGACGAACUUCGGAUGAAGGUAGAUGCUUUGCUGAUGAAUUUGAGAGACAAAGAAGAGUCACUUGAAGAGUUAGAAGAAUUUAACCAAAAACUAAUCAUUAAGGAGCAUAAGAGUAAUGAUGAGUUGCAAUAUGCUCGAAAAAUAUUGAUUCAUAUUUUUAAAGAAAUAUCAAAUAUUAGUGAUGAUGAGCAUAUUGGUGUGAAGAGAAUUAGGGACCUCAAUACCAAACCAUUCAUCAAUGCUAUGAAGAAAAGAUACAAUGCAGAUGAAGCUGAAAUUAGAGCUUCAAGACUGUGUUCUUUAUGGGUCGAAAAUAUAAAGGACACAAAUUGGAAUCCAGUCAAAAUUGUUUUCGUUGAUGGGGUAGCUAAGCAAGUUAUAAUUAACGAUACACAUGGAAAGUUGAAUCGGCUGAAGAAAAGAAUCGGUCAAGCAGCAUAUAAUGAUAUAGUGGCAGCUUUGAUAGAGAAAAAUGAAAACGAUUCUAGUGGUGAAUACCCUCUAUUUGAAUUAUGGAACUAUGAAAAGAAAAGGAGAGCAACAUUGCAGGAAGGAGUAGAGUUUCUGUUUCAAAAUCGAUCUAAUAAACGCAAGAGGGGGAACGGUGACCCAGCUGAUAAUGACCAUUUUAGAUUUAUUCCACAAAGGCAGCGCUCCAAGAGAAACAGGAUUAGAAAGUUAUAG